AUGGAAAUCAGGACGUACGUGGAUGAUAACCACACGAAGUAUUUAGAAGCGGUGAAAAAUUACAAUUCGCAUAUAGAUGAACUGGUGACCUUUUUCGACACGUUCGAAGACCCCUCGGCGAAUCAUACCAACUGGGGGAAGUUAAAAUAUAAAGGAUACCUUCAAAAGAUUUACAAUCACGAAACGGAGUUGCUGCCAAUAUAUUUAGACGACCUAAGGGAACAUUUCUGCAAGGAGAACAAGGAAGCGGAUUAUUCCGUGUACAAUGGGAUUAUGACCAACACGCACAGGUACAUGGAGUUACUCUACUCUGCAGCUGAUAAAUGCUUGUCCGAUGAAUGUUUCAAAAGGUUUGUAAAGGGUUAUGGAGAGGAGGACGAAAAUGAGAAGACAAAGAGGAAGAACUUGAGGAGAAUAAAUAAUGAAGACCUUAGUGGGUAUUCCACGGACGAAAGUGAAAAGGAAGCGUUUAACAACUUAUUUCGUGAUAUGAUUAAACCAAUUGAAGAAAUUAGACAAGAAAGAAUGAAAGAGUACAAACUGCCAGCAUAUUUAAGAGUCAAUUUUGAAAUUAUCCUUAUUCCUAGUUCGAGAGAUUUGGUUCGAAAAAUGAGAGUAGUGAAUGCAGACUGUAUAGGAUCUUUAAGUACAUUCGAAUGUGAAGUUAUUAGAGCUACUCAACUGAAGCCCAGGAUCCAAGUAGCUACAUACGAAUGUGAUAGAUGUCACGUAUUUGCAUAUAAAGCAGUGGAUGGUCCAUUUUUUAUGCCUCUUUUUGAUUGCCCUGGAUGUACAAAUGUGCAUGGUGUUAGAGGAUCACUCAAAUUUCAAGCCAAGUUAAGUAAAUUUGUAAAAUACCAAGAAAUUAAAGUCCAAGAAUUGCCUAGCCAGUUACCAGAAGGAGACAUCCCUAGGAGGGUUCUUAUGCCAGUCACGAAAAGUGGAUUCCAAGCAUUAAAGGGGGGACUCAUUGCAGAGAAGGUCUUUCAUAUUUAUUACGUACAAAACAAUAAAGAAAAUUUUAAUGAGCAUAUUGACAACUAUGACAAAAUUAUGGAAGAAGUUCAAGCUUUGAAAAAUAGCCCUAAUUUGUACGAAAAGUUGGCCUUUAAUAUUGGUCCUGAAAUAUAUGGACAUGACGAUGUGAAGAAGGCAUUACUGUUGCAGCUAAUCGGAGGAUGCACAAAAAAAAAAGAUGGAGGGAUGAUAAGAGGUGAUAUACAUAUACUGCUCAUGGGAGAUCCAGGAGUUGCAAAAAGUCAGCUAAUGAAGAAGGUAUGUCUCAUUGCUUCGAGAUCAAUUUACACAACAGGAAAGGGAAGUAGUUCUGUUGGUUUAACUGCAGCUGUUUUGAAGGACCCCAAUACGGGCGAAACAACCUUAGAGGGAGGAGCACUCGUUUUGGCAGACAAAGGAAUAUGCUGCAUUGAUGAAUUUGACAAGAUGGACGAAUUUGAUAGAUCAGCCAUUUACGAAGUUAUGGAACAACAAACCGUUUCGAUAGCAAAAGCUGGCCAUUGUAGUAACAUGCCUGCGAGGUCUUCUGUAUUGGCAGCUGCCAACCCUAUUAAUGGCAGAUACGAUUGUAAGAAAUCCGUUAUGCUUAACAUGAAUUUGCCUGCUGCGCUACUAACCAGAUUUGAUUUACAGUUUCUACUUUUGGACAUAUCUGAUAGGGAUAAGGAUAAAAAGCUAGCUGAGCAUGUGCUGAACAUUUUGAAGUGCGCAGACUCUAAUGAUGAUAAAAAGAAAAGAUCCGAAUUGAGCAGCGAAGGGUAUGAAGAAAUUGACAAAACUGUACUGAGGGCGUUUAUCCAGCUAGCCAAAAAAAAAGAACCCACGAUUUCACCAGACCUGAUUCCCAAAAUUACCCAGUGGUAUGUUUCUUCCAGACAAUUAGAAUCGCAGCAGGAGAGAUACAACGAUACCCGUAUUAAUUAUACAACACCGAGAGCACUGCUAGCCAUUCUUCGAAUAUCACAGGCGCUAGCAAGACUGAGAGACAGCGAUGUCAUAGAGACGGCCGAUUUUGAAGAAGCCAUCCGAUUAACGGAGCAGUCCAAAGCUAGCGUCUCUCAACAAACGGAAAAAAGAAGAAGGAAAGAUUCCUCCACCGAAAUUAUGAAUAUUAUUAAAAGUAUAAAGGAGAAAAUUAUGGAAAAGAAAAAAAAAUGGAAUGGAUGGAUAUCGAUUGAAGAAAUCGAAACGCAGGCUGUAACCAAGGGGUUUACCAAAGCGCACGUUUUUAACACCAUUGACAAGUACGUGGAGCUCACAGUGUUCACCAUCAACAAGAACAACACGGCCAUUGCCUUCCCGAACGACGUGUACAACGCGGACGAUGAGGACGAUAAUGACGAGGGGAACAGCGAUGGUGCGGACGCGCCCGACGACGAGGAGGAGGACGCCUUCUGA